AUGAAAGGCCGUGUGCUGCGGCUCAGCCUGCUGUUGCACGAAUACCGUGCUGACGGAUGUCUCCAGCCGCAUGACGGGCCGCUGCAAGCACUGGCGGCAUUGGAAAGAGUGGAAGGUUCUUCUGCCAACUUUGAUCACUGCAUGAGCCAGCUGGAAUUCAUGCGACGGGAGCUUUGUGACAACUUCGCCACGCACCAGCCUCCUGUACAGAUCGCUGCAGGUUUGCUGCAGGGUCUGGCAUUGGACGGGCGGCUGGGAGCACCGGCAGCUCUCGCUGAUGCUUUGCUGGGUCGAGGUGGGGAUUUUCGGCUAAGCCGAGUACAGCGAUGUGCUGCAGAGCGGCGCUGGCGGCUCGGCGUCCGUGCUGCACUCGCACAGAGUGGACUGGCUCAGGCGCUGGCUGCUGGGGAGCUCCGCCUUAGCUUGGAACCCGACUUUGCCUUAACACUCGACGCCCCGGGUGCCUUUGUAUUGCGCCUUCAGUACGACCUGCGACGAUGGCUUGUGCUCCACUGCAGCUUGUCCUCGCAGGGUCUUGGGGCAACGGUGUCGCUGCCCGUCGACGCAGAGCAAGCCUGGCGGAGGCAGUUGCAGGGAGUCGCAGACGAAGCCGCGAGUGCAGACUCCGAUGCUCCCGCUGCUUUGGCGACGGCUGCACAUUUCUUCUGCUCACACCUCUGGCUCCAAGCCUGCUGCGAUGAGGCACGUGCGCACGGCCAGCUGCGGGAAGUGAGCAGCACUUUCUGGGAUCGCCGCGGCUUUGCAUCUCUCCGCAUCUUGCCAGACUGGGAAUCUACCUGUGGUGGGAUUUGCGCAGCACCUGCAGCUAGUUCCACCCGUGCCUCCACGGAUGAAGCUCAAGGUCCGGCAAGUGGGAUCACCUUGGAGCUGCACAAGGAUCCUGACGGAGGGAUUCGCCCCAGCCUGCCUCCGGAGUUCGCUUCGCUCGCUCCGCUGCCGGUGCAGCGGCCCUCGCGACUCGCUUCCCUGGGCGGGGUGGGACCUUGUCUCGACGAGGUCUUGCGCCAAGCACAUGCUGCUGUUUCUGCAUUCACGAUGCGGCGGCUGCGGGUUGGAUUGCUGCAGGUCGUUCCUUCAAAAGGCGCGCCGCUUCUGGAUGAAUCGCAGGUGGAGAGCCUGCCAGAUGGACAGUCGCUUCGUUGUCUGCGUCGGGGCUGUUGGGUCCAUGUGGGUCUCGACGCCUCUGGGCGCCUGGCACUCGAGGCCCAGGGCUGCACUGAGCCACGGCGGCAAAAGGCUGCUGGCGGUCAUGAAGGCUUUCUCCUGAGAAUGGAGGCCUUGCGCUUUUCUGCGCUGCGCGAAGCUGCGGGCGCAGCCGUGGCUGCGGAAGGCUGGCAAAGCAAUGUAUCAGAUGCCCCCGAAUCUGGCUGUGUGCACUUCACUUGCCGUUCGGCAGAGGACCGGCUAGAUGCCCUUGAAUUCGAUCUGGAAGACAGCGAAGUCUCCAAUGUCAAUCUGGUGGUGGAGGGUGGCGCAUGCAUCCAUGCCGCCGGUUUGGACAACUUCUCCUUUGUACAGCCUGGAGGAGAGUCUGCCAUCUCUGAUCUGCAGAAAGGGCUAAGGCAGCACUUGGCCCAGGCACAGCUGCUCCUAGCGGUCUCCACUUUGGGCCGCGAGGUCAUUGUCACCGUCGCCGAGCAUGCGAAGGUUUUAGAGGCCUCCGGAUACGAGGCCAUUCUCGGGCGUGUAGCCUCGCCGGUGCCCGGCACCCUCGAGGGCGAGCUGUGCUUCAAGCGCCUUGAUGCGGACGAGGCCACCGGGAAGCUGGCGCCGACGCCGUUCGCGUCGCCGCUGUGCUUCCAGGUUUGGGAGAGGCCAAAGCGCCUCGUGCUGGUCGGCCAGCUUGCCGGCAAAGUUUCCACGCAGCAAAGCACUGCCAUCUGGAAGGAGAAGCCUACGCCGCCGCUGCCCUCCGGCGGAAUCCUGACCACAAAGGUACUGGCCAACGGAAUUGAAGAGGUUACUAUCGAGUUCACAGACGUGCUGAGUGGCCGAGCCUGGCACCGGUGGCACCGCGAUUUCCUCGCACUCGCGGCCAUGGCACAAUUUCGCUCACAGGCCGCUUGUCUGGAGCUUGCCGAAGCGCCUUCGGGGCUCCGGCUGCACUCGCUGCCGCAGGCACUGCGGAUCCGGCUUCCUGCCAGGGUGGCGGCGGCGCAGGAGGAGAUUUUCGAGCUCGUGCCUUCUGCAUCGGAGCCAGAGGAGGAUCAGCAGGAGGCUGGCAGCGAAGCUCGCAAGCCGCAGGAUACCGAACCCCUGGUCAGAUUCAAUUGGCUGUCUCCACGUCCGUGCAUCCUGGCUGACCGCUUAGGGAGGAGGCUGAACCGGACCAAGCACCUGGGCGACACCCUCCAUGCUGCCGCUGCAGCCCUGGAGCUGGCACGUUGCAUCGAAGACGUGACUCUGGCCCUGCAAAAAACCGACCAGACGGGGAGCAGAUCUGACCCGAAGGCGGCCGCGGAGGUUUGGAGCUGUGCCGUGACCGGUGCCACGACGGUGCAGGUGAGAUGCAGCGGAAUGUUGGGCGUCGAGCUCACUGCGCUGGAUCCCUCCACGGUGCGCAUCAGCUGCCUCUCCAGGCGUCUUCCACCGAAGGAGGUGGCUGUCGUCGCCAACCUUCGAGGCUUCUUGAGCAGCCUCUCGAGUUCGGCAGGAGGGCCGAAGGUCGGCGAGCCAGGUCACGGUGAUGCUCCGGGUCAGUUGCUCCGCUUCCGGCCGGGAGAGCUCGCAAAGCGCUUGAGCUCUCUUUGGCUCUACUUGCGGCUCUAUGCGCUGCUGCUCAAAGUCUACCUCCUUCAUCCAAACCAGGGUCCAGGCCCUUGGAAGCUGCGUGAGGUAACAUCCGCACAGGGCGAGCCACAAAGAUGGGUGCGUCUCGAGCUGCAGCUGCCAGCCGCCAAUGCCACGGCGUGCCUGGACUUGAUGUCCGAGGCUGAGAGCUCAACGGAACGCCGCGAGAAGCGAAGGCGUCUCAACGAGGGCUUGUCGAUCCGCUUCUCGUGCCGCGCAUCCAGGCAAGCAGGCUCCGAGCAGGUUGAGGAUCUCCGGUCCUUCGAGGCCUUCUUUGCAAGGUAUUUGGCGGAUGCAAGCAGGAAGCAGGACGACAACGCCACUGCGAUGCAGCCGAAUUGGGAGAGACUACGCACGUCUCGUCUCUACCCGCUUCUUCAGCUCCUCUGCGCGCCGCAGCGGUGGAUGCUGCGGGAGACCUCACGUCUUCUGCCUCCACUUCGGCGUGCAACGCUUUCCCGUAAUGGUGCCGCCGAAGGCAUCGUGCAAAGUGCCUGGCAACCUGUGGUCGAGCGCUUCAGCCUGCGCAACCUUGAACAGGUCCCUCAGCGUUGGCAGCUUCACUUCACGUUGGAGGCUCCUCCACAACAGUGUGCAGUGAUGCUGAGCACCAUGCUGAAACGAGGAAGUGGAAGCGCUUCAGACGAAGUCGAGGGCUGGGAGUCCGUCCUCGUGGAUGGCCAAGCUCUCUCGGAGUUUGUCCGUUCCGCAAAGUCAGCUUCCGGACCUUCUGGAGCAGGAUUGAAGGCAUGGUCCGUUGCAGCUGCCUUGA